AUGUCCUACUACGACGUUGACGCGAUUCUGACUGAUGGGGAGAAAGUUCCCUGCCGGUUCGAGCUCGACGUGCCGUAUCUCGGCCAUCUCGACAAUUCCAGCGGCCUCAAAGCAGGCACCCGCCUGAACCUGCCCCUAUGGCUCGCUGAAAUGUUCGCUCUCGCCUCUGCAGGACAAGAUGCAUCGCCGCCAAUCACACUGAGCCUCCCGCCGUGCCUGUCCGAACAAGUCCUUGCUGCGCUCAAGGCCGAUCCCCGAGCCGUACCCUUACGCGACCAGAGUGCAUAUUUCUACGGCGUGGCCGUCCGAAUGCUAGAUCUCUUUGAUGAGAAGGAACUGAGUGCCAUUCUGCGGAACACGUUCGUCGUCAGAGCAGCUGAUGUGGGACUGCACGCGAGAAAGGCGGAGGAGACUGGACUGGGAGGGCAGGGCGAGGAGUUUCUGCGGGGGUUGGAUGAGUGGGAAAGAAGGCUGUUCCGGAGAGGACAUGAGGGUGUCAAGGGAGCGAAAGAGUGGACGGACAAUGUGAAGAAGUCAUGAACUGGGAACUAAAUAAUGACUAUGAUACCCCGGGUAGAUUGUGAGUACGUGGAUCACUGUUGAGAAGAUACAACUUUGUUGAUAUAUGGAAUUUCCAUAUUCUUUUUUGUCUAUACUAGUCCUCAAAAACCAAUGGAAUUAUACCUAGCUC